AUGUCCUCUUUCUCUGUGAGCCAAAGUCAAGAGACCCAGUUUCUUCCGCCGCAGUCUGCGCAGCCACGUCCAUCAUUAUUUGGUGGGCCAAGCAGUGAUGCCACUCUGCAACCCUCUUCCCAGCCAGAGCCCCCAAGAAGCUCCCUUUUUGGUGGCAUAUCCCAACAUCAUGGAAACCUAGAGCCCGUUUCGGAGGCAGAUCCAAUGGAUGAGGGUCUAGAUGAAGUCGAAGAUGAGGUCGACAUGAUCAUGCGAGAACAGUUAUUAGUCCCACAGGAUGACUCUGAUGACGAAAGUUAUGGACCGGACAACCGAGGCAGAAGCCGCAGACGCUCAGGACAAGCGGAUUCGUCACAGCAAGAACACGUCCUCUAUGUAGUUGAUCGAGGCCUUGACCUACCACCAGGGGCCGAGCGUCCCAAUCUGUUUGAUGGGCACUCCGUUUCAUGGAGGAGGUACAACGCCGAUGAGAUUGGUGCAUAUGAUGCUAUCAUGACCAAGCGGAGCAGGGAUUUGGCUGCUCAUCUUUACAAUGCCCACGUGCUUCGCAGGCGAACGCGUGGUAUCCCACGCGGGAAACUUGAGGCUGACCCUCAAGCGCCACCCACUGUGCGUAAAAGGUGGGCUGCAUGGCCUGUGCAUGCCGCCAAAGUCCCCCGCGCCGGUGAAAUUCUCGAGGAAAGGUGGAAUACUUCUGAAACCCUGAGAAUGCCGCCUGAUCCGCGACCCAGUGCUGGAUUGGAAGAAUGCAUCACAGCAGUCAUGCUCAAGACCUCUAAGGAACGGUUUCAGGCUAGGGAAUGGAAUUUCGAGGAAAUCAAUGAAAAUUCUGAGCAGAAGCUGACCGAUGAGGACGAUUUAAUGGAGGAUGAAUUGGACAAAAAGGAAGAUGAGGAUGAGGAGCCUGUCGACACAAGGUUUCUCGAACCAAUUGUUCAACUCGACGACGAUGCGUCUCUUCGCCAACUACGUCCACUCGUUCGCAACGUUAUUUCUCAAGUGGAUCGACUGCUAUACGGGCUGCAUUGUGCCAUGAAGGGUCGCAAAUAUGAAGAGGAAGACUCGGGUGGGGAGCAAUCAAGCGAUUCGAAGGAUGAGGAAGACGAUACUCGCGAGAGCCGGGAACAAAGCCGGAGUCGCUCGCGUGGUCGUCGACAGGAGCGCGGUGAUACUCAAGAACGAGCCAUGUCAUUGCGAUCCACCAGUGCAAACACAUCCACUGGGCCGGACACUGAUGAUGAGAGCUUGCCAGGUGUAUCCCAAAGCCGAGCCCGAUCUCGAAACUCCGCCACAGGUCAUGACAGCAGCCACUCCAUCAAGGGCAGGCUUAAACUGCGCGAUUGGAGCGAAAUAAUGGGACUAGCAUCGAUGCUGGGCCUCCCCACCGCCGCGGUAAUGCGUGCAUCGAAACGCUGCGCCGAUCUCUUCGGCGAGGAUUUGGAGUUCCGAACACUUCCGGAAGGAAGAGUAAGAAAGAAGCUCAAGACAGGCGAACAAGAAGAAUACGUCUAUACCGAAAGCGAAGGCGAGAGCGACUGGGGCUCAUCAUCACCAAGUCCACAGCCAACCUCUUUCCCAACCCCAGUCCCUCCGCUUAUUCCGGCGCGCACACCCAGACCUGAGCUUGAGCCGAAGACGAAAGGAAAGAAACCCAAGCAGCGGCGCACUAAAGAGAAAAAGACUCCCGCCAUUGUCCCUGCUUCUGCGUCCCCAUCCCCAGACCCGGAGGCACCGGUUGAAUCUGCGCAAGGUCUCACGGAGAACGCAGAACAAGUCGGAGAUAAGGAAGCAAAGAGUGUGAGGCCAGGCGUUGGAAAGGGCCCUCAUCGGAAGGUGGACAUUGUCUGUCCUGUUAGGUCUUGCGUUCGACAUACGGAUGGAUUCUCACGAAAGUGGAACCUCAAUCAGCAUCUAAAGAAGAGUCACGGUAUCUAUGUGGCUCCUGGGAACGAGUUGGCUGAGGACAAUGUGGUUAUUACGAUUGAAUAA